AUGAAAUUCCGUAACCUUUUCUUUGCUGCCGUAGCUGGCUCUGCGGUUGCUGCUCCUCUGGCUAAGGAGCAAAAAAAGAGGGAUUCAGUUUUCCAAUGGAUCGGCGCCAAUGAGUCGGGUGCUGAAUUCGGCGAGAACAACCUCCCUGGCGUAUGGGGUACAGAUUAUAUCUUCCCGGAUGUCUCGGCCAUUACCACCUUGAUUGAUAAGGGGAUGAAUAUAUUCCGUAUCCAAUUCAAGAUGGAGAGAUUGGUUCCAGACUCAAUGACGGGGGCAUACGAUGAGGCCUACCUGCAGAACUUGACCACGGUGGUCAAUGCCGUCACUGAUGCGGGUGUCCAUGCUAUCUUGGACCCCCAUAACUAUGGCAGAUUCAAUGGCGAGAUCAUGUCCACUCCAUCUGAUUUCCAAACAUUCUGGAAGAACUUGGCAGGACAGUUCCAGAGCAACUCUUUGGUUAUCUUCGAUACCAACAAUGAAUACCAUGACAUGGACCAAGAGCUGGUCCUGAACCUCAACCAAGCCGCCAUUGACGGGAUCCGAGAGGCUGGCGCCACGGAGCAAUAUAUCUUCGUUGAAGGUAACUCGUACACCGGGGCCUGGACCUGGACCGAUGUGAACGACAACAUGAAGAACUUGGAGGAUCCCCAGGACAAGAUCGUCUAUCAGAUGCACCAGUAUUUGGACUCGGAUGGGUCUGGUACUUCCGAGACCUGCGUGUCUGGUACCAUUGGCCAGGAGCGUGUCACCAGCGCUACUCAAUGGCUCAAGGACAACAAGAAGGUCGGUAUCAUCGGUGAGUUCGCGGGUGGAAACAACGACCAGUGCAAAACUGCCGUGAAGGGAAUGCUGGAUUAUCUGGCUGAGAACACCGACGUGUGGAAGGGUGCGCUUUGGUGGGCGGCCGGUCCAUGGUGGGGAGAUUAUAUGUACAGUUUGGAGCCUCCAAACGGAGUUGCGUUCACGGGAAUGUUGGACGUUCUGCAGGCAUACCUGGGGUAG